AAGCAGCAAUCGGGUAAAUGCUCGUCUCUUCUCGCCACCAGCACCUUGCACAGUGAACUGGAAGAUGGAGAUGGAUGUUAAGGGAGUUUCUCCGUGCCAGGAGCCCAUCCCCCCGGCGGCGGGGUCUGGCGGCUGCCCGCACCAGCGCCCGCACCACCGCGAUGGGCAGCCCGCGGAGCCGGCCCCCGCCACCGACAGCGGCCACCCGGAGCGGAGGCACGGCAGCGAGAAAGAGGACAAAAAGAGAACUACAGCCAACAAGACUUCUGGUGCUCCUUCCUACAGCAGAUGGUCCAGUUCACAGCCCCAUCAGUCCAGCUCCACAGUGAGAACGUACCAAAACAGUAAAUCAAGAGUGACCAUGAGCCCUGGCUUUAGCUCCCAGUGGAAUAGCAGCCAACCUGCUUGGAAUACAUACACCUUUCCAAGAGCAAGCUUGCACUACCAGUCUCAUGCUAGCUACACCUACUGUGCUGGACAUCCUGCUCAGUCCUAUGCACCAGCUCCCCAUCCCAUGGCUCCUCCCAGCCCCAGCACAAACAGCAGCAACAACAGCAGCAACAACAGCAGUGGAGAGCAGUUGAGUAAAACCAACCUGUACAUUCGAGGCCUUCCGCCCGGCACCACUGAUCAGGACCUUAUCAAGCUGUGCCAGCCGUAUGGGAAAAUUGUAUCCACAAAGGCAAUUCUUGACAAAAACACAAAUCAGUGCAAAGGUUACGGUUUUGUAGAUUUUGACAGUCCGGCAGCAGCACAGAAAGCAGUAGCAUCUCUGAAAGCAAAUGGCGUGCAGGCGCAGAUGGCAAAGCAACAAGAGCAAGAUCCCACAAAUCUAUACAUCUCAAAUUUACCCGUUUCCAUGGAUGAACAGGAACUGGAGAAUAUGCUGAAACCCUUUGGACAUGUCAUUUCCACCAGAAUAUUAAGAGAUGCUAAUGGAGUCAGCAGAGGAGUCGGCUUUGCCAGAAUGGAGUCUACAGAAAAAUGUGAAGUAGUAAUUCAGCAUUUUAAUGGGAAAUAUCUGAAAACCCCACCCGGUCUACCAGAAUUAUGUUUAUGUAACCUUCAGUUUUUCUUGCUUGCCUGUCAUUUUUGGAGUGCCCCCACUGAGCCUUUGCUGUGCAAAUUUGCUGAUGGAGGGCAAAAGAAGCGCCAGAAUCAAAGCAAAUAUACACAGAAUGGAAGGCCGUGGCCCAGAGAAGGAGAGGCUGGCAUGGCUUUGACUUAUGACCCAACAGCUGCUAUACAGAAUGGAUUUUAUUCCUCACCGUACAGUAUUCCAACAAAUCGCAUGAUUCCACAGACAUCAAUCACGCCAUUCAUUGCUGCUUCCCCUGUCUCUACAUAUCAGGUCCAGAGUACUUCAUGGAUGCCUCAUCCGCCAUAUGUUAUGCAACCAACAGGUGCUGUGAUAACGCCUACAAUGGACCACACUAUGUCAAUGCAGCCAGCAAGCAUGAUGGGCCCUCUGACCCAACAGAUGAACCACCUUUCCUUGGGCACAACGGGAACGUACAUGACUGCUGCUGCACCUAUGCAAGGGACCUACAUUCCCCAGUACACUCCUGUGCCUCCAACAGCUGUCCCUAUUGAAGGUGUUGUUGCUGAUACUUCUCCACAGACAGUAGCAUCUUCAUCACAGGAAGCCAGUGGUCAACAGCAACAGAUGACAGUGGAAACAUCCAGUGAACAUGCGCCUGCAUAUUCUUACCAACAAUCUAAGUGAGUAGGCAUGCACUUUCUAACCAGAAGGUUUUGAUUCUUGAUUAGAG